AUAUAGAGAAUUGGGUAUGAGCACCUGCUUCACGAAGGGUGGCAUACAUUGUGAGAAACACAAUAGAGUGCAAUUGGCGAGGAAAACCUAUUGCAGAAAUCACGUAGACGGAUUCCUUGCGGAGGGAGACGAUAAAAACAGAAUUCACGUAAGCAUCAACUUAUGCUACACGGGUAUGGGUAACACGGAAUACUUAAAUGUAGAGGAUAGAGAGGACACCCCCACAUGGCCCAGAUAUACCUUAGGAUUUUCCGACAAUUACAAUUUUUCGGAGGAUGAAGAGGAGCUAAAUAAUUUAAGCGACGACUAUCGAGGUUUUGCAGAAGAUUUCCAUAAAAGGAGGCACAGACGAUGUAAUACAGAAUAUAACAACUACAACUGGGAUAGAACGGAUAUGGAGGACCAAUGGAAUCUCAGGAUACUCUUCAGAGAGGAACCAUACGAAGAAGAGGAAGAGGAAAACUGGAAUUAAGCAAUUAUUAUAAAAUAAUACCUAUAAUAAAUAUUUUUAGCGUUCGAACAAAAGAUAAUACAUCUUACGUUGACAAUUGGCUCGUCAACUUCUAUUUUUCGAAAACAAAUAGCCUCUACGUAGUUCUCGAGCGGAGCUCGACUCCAAGCCCGUCGGUUAUCAUCCCCUCUUUUAUGGGAAGAUUUGUGAACGAUGAGACAUUUUUGUCGCUACCGAUUUAGAAUCUGCUGAAAUAUCAUUCGAGCGAGACGUAUUCGAAAUCGAGAGUUAAUUGCGAGGCUCAACGGUAGCGACUAAUACUGUACGGAUUCAUUCAAGUGAGCCUCAACGGAGUUCGUGCAGCAAGUGCAAGCCGAGUGCAAAAGUUAAAAACAUUACUUAAAAGAAAGAAGAUUAGAAAAUUCUUACAUUUCACAUCAUUUGCAAAAGAAAGACUCAUAAACAGUCAUCAAAGACUCUAAAAAAUCAAAAACUUUCCACCAAAUACUUAUCAUCAAAACAAUAAAAAUUACCAAAUAUAAAUACAUUUAUUAAAGAUUUUCCAAACAUUUCAAAUUAUCAAAGAUAUAUUAAAAGAUUCUUAUUUAAUAAAAAGAAAAUGUAGAAUGAUUCAACAGGGUAGGAUUAGUUUAAUAUUAAGUUACUAUUUUUCAUUUAAUUAAGUUUGGGCACUUGUCAAAUCUGAUUAAUUAUUUCCUUUUCAAGUAUUAGUUUGGCUGUGCUUAUUUUAAUAUCUCAAUCACGUAAUAGCUUUUUACAUAGUCUAGUCAAAAAGUACAAAAUUAUAUCUUGAUGAUUUGAUGUAGAAAACAUUUUAGAAACAUUUUUAAUUUGAAACUAUGCCUUUAACAAGUAUUAAAAAAUAAAUUUAAUUUAAAUUUUGUUUAGUAUUUACAAAUUUCAUUUCUAUUGCAUAACAGAUUUGAAUGAAUAUAGUGGGAUU